AUGGUUACAAUUAAAAAAAUACCGCAAUUCAAUUUACAUGCGCAAAAACCAGUACAUUCGCGAACAAUACGACUUUCAAGUUCAGUGGAUUAUUGCAGACGUAACUUAUCGGCGCCAGGGGCGGCGGCAGGCGGCGAGUGGGACCGCUGCGCCACCUACCAGACGAACUGGACGCGCGUGCUGGAGACCAUGACCCCACCGGACCCGAGCACGCCCACAGUGUCGUGUCAGAAUGGAUGGGAGUUCGAGCUGACAGACAUUCCUUACCACACUGUUAUUAGUGAGCGAGGAUGGGUGUGCGAGAACUCUGGGUACGCGCCUACUGCGCAAGCGCUGUUCUUCGCCGGCUCCUUCAUCGGAGGUAUAUUCUUCGGCUGGCUGGCUGAUAACUUCGGCAGGUUACCCGCUCUUUUUGGCGCAAACUUAAUAGGCGCUAUUGGAGGUAUCGCAACCGUGUAUACUACAGGCCUGUGGGACUUCAUAUUCUGCAGGCUACUCGUUGGAAUGGCGUGUGACAACGCUUUCAUGAUGAUGUAUAUAUUAGCACUAGAAUACGUAGGCCCAAAACACCGCACUUGGGUGGCGAACAUGUCCAUAGGAUUGUUCGUCGGCAUCGGCUCUAUUAUCCUGCCGUGGCUCGCGAUCUGGCUCGCUGAUUGGAGGAUGCUGUUGUGGGUCACUUCCAUGCCCAUGCUGCUGUGUGUCUUCGUACCUUUUGUCAUACCUGAAAGUGUUAGAUGGCUGGUAACACGCGGUCGCGUGAACAAAGCUGUGGAGGUGUUGCGGAAGUUUGAAAAGGUCAACGGCACCAAAAUACCUGACGAUGUCAUGGAGGACUUUAUUGUAUCCUCCCGUCAUACCAAAGGAGAGAAUGAGUCGAUCCUCACCCUGGCUAAGAGUGCACCACUCCGAACCACUAUGGCACUCAUGUUGAUCGUGUACAUAUGUUGUGCUGUCAUCUUCGACGGCCUGGUGCGGCUGUCUGACGCCUUCGGGCUUGACUUCUUCAUCACAUUCACCCUGACUUCAGCUACGGAGAUACCAUCUGUGACUUUGGUGGCUAUAGUUCUGGACAGAUGGGGCCGUAGACUUCUUACUUGCGGUCCGAUGGGAAUUUCAGGAAUUUUGAUCCUCAUAGCUACGUUCAUGCCGAAAGGCAUGGCGCAAGCGGGUCUGGCGAUAAUGGCGCGGUUCUGCAUCAACAUGUCGUACAACGCGGCGAUGCAGUGGGCGACGGAGCUGCUGCCCACCGGCGUGCGCGCCUUUGGUUCCUCGCUACUGCACAUGAUCGGGUUCCUCGCCACCGCGCUCUCGCCAUUCAUUGUCUACUCGGUAUUUUAUCUCAACUGAAUUCUAUCCAACUAAUUAAAACUAGAACCGAAACUAUAGACAGUAUUUUUGUAACAAAAAGUUAAUAAAUUCCAGUGUUUUUUUAGUGUUUCGCGCUCCUUACCGCGCUGCACUAAGUCGCAGCUGAAAGUGGCAACUUCGUUUGGCGGAGCUUAGACUUUUAUGCUACUUAUUGGUUAAUUUGAAACUUUAGCAAUUCUUUGCCAACACAGUAUGCGCAUACUUACAAUUAUUUCUCAAAAAUAUUUAAAUAUAUCAUGUGUGCUACCUCAACGCAGAGCAAAGUUCCAGAUAACCAGAGAAUAUAUA